CAGAGAGAAAACAUCAGAACCAUAACAAACAUAAAUAACCUAAAUUAGGCUUAACGGCUAUUAAAAUACUAAAGUGAAGGCAAGGCAAACGGCAAUGGUAUCCAAUACGAUGGCUGCCAGUACAACUAUUGCCAGAAACGAAAAAUCAAGCUUGGAUAGUGAUGACGACUACACCUCGGCCAUGUCACAUCUCACUAUUGGCGUCCAGAUACAGGAGCUUUCGAAGCGGCUGCAGAACACCACAGAGGAACUGCAUCAACAGGUGCGCGACAAGCAUGGCGCUCUGCUACAACAGGCGACACAUGCCGGCCGCUUCGAUGCGGCACUCAACUCGCUGGCCGAGGAUGUGCAACGCGUACGAGCCACAGGCCAUCGACUAAAGAGCCAAGUUGAUAACCAAUAUCAAUUGGUGGAGAAUCAGACACAAGUGCUGGGUCGAUUGCAUGACGUGUCACACUUGCUGCGCUCUGCUGGUACCUUGCUUACGUUGACGGCCAAGUUAAAGAACACGAAAGAUGUUCUAAGGCAGGCCGAGCUUCAUUUCGAGCUGGGACAAUUGAUAGAAGAUAAGGAUCUUAAGGACAUUGAGUUUAUACAAGAGGAACGUGCCUAUGUGCUAAGUUCAAGACAAAAGAUACGCAACCUAACACAGAUGCAGCUGGUCACAGGACUGCAGGAGCGCAAUCAGACGCAGGUGGUGAAUGCUCUAAAGAUCUUUAUGAAUUUUAACACGCUGGAAAAAUCACUUGAAAAUUUACUUGCCACAUUCAUCGCCGACAUGGAGCAAUCGCUAAAGGAGUGCUUUGCUGGCACUGAUAUAUCCGUACUCAAUAAAGCGGAUGCUGUGCGGUCGCCCACUCAUGGCGGCAAUAGUUCGACCAAGGCUCAGGCAAGUCGAGGGCCCGGCAAGGCGCCACAGUUAACUACAACACAAAAUUUUCGGGCCAAGUUUUGGAAAUCGCUGCACUGGCUGCUCUAUGAUGAGCUCUACGAGAGCUGCACUCAGAUCAAGCUGCUGAAAUUGUCGCUGGAGCAAAUCAAUCAAUUUGGUUACACCAGCGAAUCAUCGGACCAAUGCAUUCCACAGCGCUUCUGGCAGCGUGUACAGCAGCUAUUGCGCAAAUCCUUUGACGAGUGCACGCAACAUGUCAACCAGACACUGCAGGAGGGUCUGUCCAAGCUACUAACAUCGGCCCGUGGACUCGAACAGCGGCUGAAUAAUGAAUUCCAAUUUGACAACGAGCUCUUCGCCCCACUUGAGGUGGGCUAUGUGAGCAAGUGUGCUGCUAACCUUAAAGCCUGCUUGGCUGGAGUUGAUUUGCCCGGCAAUGAAACAGUGGAUAACUUCAUCAGGGUCGCCUCGACGGAGUUGAGCGCAGCAUUGAUUGAUAGCCAACUCAGCAAUGCGAUUGCAAAUGUUUUCAUUGCCUGUGGCAAGGAGCUGUGCACCAAACUGGAAGCACAAAUCAAACUGAGCGCUGAUUCCAAGCAAGUUGUGGACUUGCCCAACUUACAGCAACAGCAGAAUACGCAGCUGGCUAAUGUGCUUUACUACUACAAGGAUUCAGUGCGUCGCAUGUUGAGCGAUCUGCAAAUGCAAUUCGAGCGAACGCCUAGUGCAGCACGCUCGAACAUAGCCCGCUCGUUGGAUCAGGCAGAUUUGUUAAUUGGCACCAUAUUGCAACAGAUUAUGGAGUCGAUUAUCACAGCCAUUAGCAUUAUUAUCCUAAGCAUGCAUCGGGAGCCGGGUCUUAACACAGAUCGACUGCCUACAACGGGGCCAUCUAUGUACAUGAAGGAACUGCAGGAGUUUGUCACUCGCUCUUGGUCGCACCACAUUGAACUCUUUGAUGAUAAGGAGAUGACUGGCAAAUGUGGACAGGAGUUGGCGAAGCGCUGCAUUGAGCUCUUCAUACACAACCUGUGCAUAUUACGACCGUUGAGCAUGGCUGGCAGGCAGCGUCUGAAACACGAUUGCCAACACAUGGAGCAGGCACUGAAACCACUUUGUCCCAAUUUCGCGGAGCUGGGCAAACCCUCGCGUUUGCUCCGGGCAAUGUCGCUGCUGAUUGUACAGAGCGCUCAAGAGUUGGUCAAGCAGUCAGUGGGCGCGGAUUCACUGGUGCCAAGCUAUGUUGUGCUUCUGCUCAUGUUUGGCCAUGCUGGAGCAGAGCUUCAGUCACCGCACACGACUGCAAAUUGGUCAAAUGAACGCCUGAUUGAAUGGCUGGAUGGACAUACGGCAGAGCGCGAGAAAUUGGAGUUGAUAUCGGGUGCACUGCAAAGAUAUCGAGACAAUGCCAGGCGCAAGAAUAUUCAGCAAUAUGAUGAGAUAUAUCCUAUGAUGGUGGAUUACUUUGAAAAGGCUUUAAAGGCCAUCAGUGUUUAAUCUAUUAAUUGAAGUUUUUAAAUAUUUAUCAAAUAAAGUAUUUUACGUGA